CUGGACAAAGAUAUCUAUGGAUUAAGAUUCUAGAUUUUACAAGUUAAAAUAUCUGCCGAUCAAUUUUAUUGCAGAAGUCAUUAAGUUUACGUAAAUAUUUUGUUAUAAACUCAUCAACUCACUUAACUAAAAUUAUUAUGUCUAUUCGACUUGGGGGUGCUUUAAAAGAGCUGAGAAUUCACUUAUGCCAAACAAGUCCUCACUCGGCUGGUGUAAGGGAAUUCAUAAGUAAAAACUAUGUUAACAUAAAGAAAGAGAAUCCUACUUUUCCAAUUCUUAUUAGAGAGUGCAAUGGAAUACAACCUCGUAUUUGGGCUCGAUAUGAUAGAGGCUGUGAAGCAAAUAAAGGCGCUGAGCGUAGUGCACCUCUAACAAACCUAUCUGCCAGUGAUAUUUUAGCUGCAGUUAAGCAAUUUGUAAAGUAAAUUAUUUAAAAUUUAUCAUGUAGUUAAUUAUUUUAUUUAUAAAUAAAAAAUACACUAGCUUA